ACAGCUACUACUCACGAUGCACAUGCAGAGAAAUCCCAUAACGUGAGGGGCACAUACGGAGGGGCACAGCCAGCACACCGGAGGACUAGCUAGUUGUUUUGCAGCUGUCCAUGUACUGUUUACACGCGCCUUUAUUUAUAUCCAUGCAUCAAGUCGUGUUUGACAGCGACACGUAGUUUUGUUGCACAGCGUCUUUAAUUCACCAAGUGUUGGGACUUGAAGCGAGCGAUGUCGGAGGAGGUCUGGGUGGCAACAAAAACAACAGGGCGCGCUGCUGUCCCGUUAGCAUCGCAACGAUCUCCGGUCCACGUUGUUUAACCCGAGUACACCCGUCCACGCCUCCUGUUCAAUCCAGUCGAGACUCGUCCCGAGGCCCACGGUGAUGGCCGAGGAGGACCCCCAGCAGCAGCAGCCGGACCGCGGGGCUAGGAGCCUGCCCGGCCUGCUCACCGGGCUGCAGGGCGCUGAGGCCAGUGCUCUGCAGCUCAGGAUCAAGAACUCCAUCUGCAAAUCUGUUCAAUCAAAAGUGGAAAACAUCCUGCAAGAUGUGGAGAAGUUCUCAGAUAUUGAAAAACUCUACCUCUACCUUAAGUUGCCUGCUGGUCCAAGCAGUAGCAUUGAUAAAAGUGACCAGAGCGCCCUGUCAUCAAGCCGCACACAGCAGAUGCAUGCGUUCAACUGGAUCCGCCAUCAUUUAGAGGAAUACCCAGAGACGUCUCUUCCCAAACAGGAGGUCUAUGAUGAAUACAAGAGCUUUUGUGACAAUCUGAACUACCACCCACUGAGUGCUGCGGACUUUGGAAAAAUGAUGAAAAAUGUCUUCCCGAACAUGAAGGCGCGUCGACUUGGCAUGAGAGGAAAAUCAAAAUAUUGCUAUAGUGGACUGAGGAAGAGGCUCUUUGUUCACAUGCCAUCUUUACCCACUCUGGAUCUCCAUAAAACAGGGGAUGAGCUCCAGUGUGAUGUCCUCGAGUCAUCAGGCCAGCUUAGCAGCAUAAAGGAGGACGUGCGAUUUGCAGCCUGUGAUCUGGUGUGUGAGUGGGCCCAAAAGGUGCUGAAACGCCAGUUUGAUGCCGUGGAAGAAUUGGCUCGCUUCCUAAUCGACAGCCAUUACAUCAGCAACAAGUCUCUGGCAGCUCUCACCAUUAUGACCGGCACAGCAACAGAGGUUAAGCCUCCACAGAUGGUCUCAGCAUUUGUCCCCACUGCUGAGGCUCACUCCUUCCAGCCUCAUGUGACGACACUGUCCUCACCUUCUGUGGAUGCAAAGCAGCAGCUCCAGAGGAAGAUCCAGAGGAAACAACAAGAACAGAAGCUGCACUCUCCUUUACCUGGAGAGGGACAAACCAACAGGGCAGAUGACAGUGUGCCUUGUGCCAGCCCCACCCCUCCGUCACCUCAGCCAACCAUAGGCAUCAUGGUCGCUGCUGUCCAGAGCCCCAUCACGGUACAGAGAAGCAGGCAGCUGAUGUCCCCCAGUCCAAUGGGAACAGUAGAGAGCAAAAUGCUGCCUAUUAACUUCCAAAUGGUGACCCAGCCACUUCAGGCAGUGAAACAGAGCCCCAAAACCCCACAAAAUAUUCUAGCCAGUCCAGUGGGAGAACGCACUGCUCGGCAGCGCUAUGCGCAAAUCCUGCCCAAACCUGCGGCCACGACUGCUAUCACCUUGCGCUCGCCCUCCACCAUGAUCAUUGGCAACAGCCCUGUUAAGACCGUGAUGACUACAUGCCAUGUCAGCCCAGUCAGUUUGGUCAAGAUGACAGCCAUAUCUCUUGCACCCAACAGCAGCAAUACCACCACUUCCUUCACAAAAGCCCCUCUGCGGCCGGCAUCUGCAGGCAUUAGUAGUUCUGCAGUUGCAGAAAACUUCAGUUCCAAUCAAAGCAUUAGGAGUACCUCUGAAGUCCCCAUUCUGACCCCGGUGGCAAGGCCUGGGCAGACUACUAACAAUCAUACCAUCGAUGUUGAAAUGGAAGUUGAAGCUAUACAUAAAAACAGCCAAAUGCAAAAUCCUGGCACUCUAGUUUUCACUCAAGAACCAAUGGCAAAUAGGACUGGAGGGGCUUUACAGAGGGCUGCCAGUGUGCCCAUACCUCAGUCUAAAGGCUUCCUGGGUCUAGAGGAGACAUCCACGACUAACUGCAACGGAAAGUCCUCUUCAAGCCCUAACACUGUGGCAGCUGUCCAAAACUGCAAUAACGGCGCUAAUAAUACAAGCACUAUGCACUUAACUCCCUGCACUCAGAAUACCAGCGCUGUUUCUUUACUGAACACCAGCAGAACACCUUCUUUUGUGGAAAGCAGCAGUGUAACUGCAGCAAAGGAAGGUUUCUUGUCCACUAAGAGCCCCAGGAAACGUUCAGGCCUCAGUCCAGACCUUUCUCCAAUCAAAAGGGUUUUUAUGCCCCAGCAGCCAGAGCUAGAGGGCGCUGCUGGUCUUGGAUAUGGGAUUAGAAACAUGGUUGGGAACAUCCUCAGGCCAGGAGCUCCAACUAGACCUGAAAGUGCACCAGCUACCAGGGAGGUAGAGAUGAAAAUGAACUCUCUUCCAGUCCACGCACACUGGACUUCUUCUUUCAGAGCCAGUGACUUCUUCUCUGUUGCCAAAACACAGAGCUCAAUGCAGAGGAAAGACCUUUCCACUGUUAUGGAAACUAGCACCUCACUUACUCAAGCAUUAAUACAACAACGGCAGGGGCACACAAUGGCUAACGUGCAUGCCAUACCUAAUAACCCUGGCCUCCAAACACAUUCAGGUGUGAGUGAUGUUAAGAGUUCAGCCACAGGGAGCAUGGACCCUCAACAACAUACCUACACUCAGUCCAAUCCCGUUACUGAACACUUUAUGAAUCAAGCUUCAUCGUUGAGCCAGCUCCCUAUGCAGACUGAUAUGGAUUACUUUCCCUUUGAUGAUGAUGUGACUCAGGACAGCAUUGUGGAGGAGCUGGUGCAGAUGGAGGAGCAGAUGAAAUUUAACAACCUGCAGGAGUUUGGAGACUGUGUCACACUGCAAAGCCAACAGGCUACGAUGCCGGACAACAUAAUGUCUACCAAUCAGACCAUGACUGCUUUCUAUCAUGCGGCAAACAGCCACAGCAACCCGAUGCAAACACCGACACCCACACCCACGUCGGAAAUGAUGGGAGGAGCCCAAGGCCUCGCCAGAGAGAGCCCCUUCUCCCGCAUCGCCUCCACAACCCCAGUGGACAGCGCACUGGGAAGCAGUCGUCACACCCCAGUUGGUACUCCACACUCCAACUGCAGCAGCACUGUGCCUCCCAGUCCAGUGGAGUGCAGAAACCCGUUUGCAUUUACACCCAUCAAUUCCAGCAUCACUGGUUUCCAUGACGGCAGCACCGUUUCCAGCAGCCCGGUUAAGCCCAUGCAGAGACCGAUGGCCACCCACCCAGACAAGACCAGGCUGGAGUGGAUGAAUAACAGUUACGACAGCAGCAGCGGGAGCCUAAACAAGUCAAACGGUGGAAUUGGAAUCCUCCCAAGCUAUCAAGGCCUGAUAGGUGAUCAUUUUCAAAAGCCUCACGCCUUUGCCGUCCCUCAUACACGGCACCAUGAUAGCCAUUUUGGCCGCUUGACUCCUAUCUCGCCUGUGCAGCAGCAGGUAGCCAGCAUGACUAACAUGGCCAAGCAGGAGGGCUUUGCUGUGCCUGCCCCUCUGGAUAACAAAGCCACCAACACGCCUACUACAACCUUUCGAUGUCGCAGUGUAAGCCCCGCCGUGCAUCAGAGGAACACAGGGAACCUUCCCCAUAUCCCUCGUUCAGUAGUGUCUCCCUUCAACUCUCCUGUCAUGCCUGAGAUGUUAAACAUCUUUGUGAACAGCCAGACAAAUCUUGGGGUGAGCAGCAUGGCUCAGAGGAGCCAUUCUGUGCCGCUCAACAUCAUGAUGCAAACUGAGGUCCGGCCCACGUCGGGCCUACAAUGCAACAGCAAAAACAUCACCAAUGUCCUUUUGAGCAAGCUGGAUGGGGACCAUGACGACACUAUUCGGGGUCUGGGCAUUAAUAAUUUAUCCUCCGGCUAUACUGCACGCAUGAACCUCACCCAGAUCCUCGAGUCUGACCCAAACCUCUCCUGCAGUGACAACCACCUCAGCCUGAUGACCUCGGACUCCACCAGCACAUGCAAGUUGCAGAGGCCAAAUUACCUCAUCGGAAAUACUAUCAAUAAACAAGUGAUUCUCGCAGCAGGUGACAGCCGAGUACAGUCAGCUUCUAGAGAGCAGCAUCGACAACAGGCGCAGGCUAUGUUGCUAACUUUGAGCUCACAGCAGCAUCAAGAAGAACUACAGCAGCAAUUGGAUUUCAGCAACACUGUGAAAGACCUCCUGACAGACAACAGCCUUACUGCUGGCAGUCAGCUCAUGGACCAGGUGUCAGAGCUCACUACAGGUGCGGCAGAUUUCCCCUGUGAAAUCAGAAUGGCAUCGGAGCUCUCCAGUAGCAUCAAUGACCUUAACGCAUUGGACACAGACCUUCUGUUUGACCCCAACCAGCAGCAAGGGCAGUAUCAAAAUGCUGCUGCGGAUGAGUUGGUGAAUGAUGCGCUGUUUCAGCAAAUGACCAGCGAGACGGCACAUUCAAGUGGACUUGACUGGCUCGAAAGCAAAGAUCAUCCAACUGUUGGGUUGAUGGGGUGAGAAUAGUUUUUUUUAUAGUCAUGUUGAACAUGUUCACAUGUGGUUACCGUUUGUUUUAUUUAUUUUCAGGCAUUUACACUUUAUAAUGCAACACUGGACACAUUGAGGUUUGUCCAGUGUGUCAAGUGCCAGGCUGAAAUGCAAUGAUGCUGCAACCCUCUGAUUAAAAUGCUGGUCAUUUCCCUUUAAUCAGAGGACAUCGCCUCACGUUGUUUGAUCAAGAGCAUUUCCAACAAGUAAAAAAAGUUUACUGAACAAAAAAACUUUUUUUAUGUUCAAUAUUUUACUGAAAAGUCAGUGAAUAAAUCAUAACAGAGCCAUGGAUUUCUCAGUGUAAAGAAAUGAAACAUUAUUAUAAAUACGCCUUUAACAAAAUUAUUUCUUUCAUCAUUGUGUCUAAAUCUUUUAACUACAGGCAUUAUCUAACUAAAGCAUAAGGGAAAAAUGACUAAAUAUAUUUACUGCUGAACUAAUAAUAUGUCAUAAUUGAAACACUUGUGUGUGAUGUAGAUUCACUGAGAAAAAAACUGGAAGUAUUACAAGUUAUCUUUGUAGGAGCUUUAGGUGUCAGUCUGGUUUUAAGUGCAUUUUCCUUAGCUGAAAAAGAUAUUUACAACAAGACAUGUUUAAAAGUGUACACUCAGUGUAUAGAAAUAUAAUGUUGUGAUAGAAACAUCUAACCAAUUUCAUCCAUAUAAAAUCUAUGUAAUAUAUUCUUACAAUUUGCUAGAGUUGGCAUGGAGCAUAUAACAGGAUGUGGAUGAAUUUAAAAUAAUAAACGCAGUAGUGUUACUUCCGUUAAUGAUGGUUCACUCUGAUGGAAUACAUGAAGAGUAUCUGUUAAUACUUAAAUACUAAAUCGUAAAAGAAAGUGAUAAAUGUCUAAACUGUAAAUUUAUAUGGUUUUCAGAUCCACAUUUUCAAGCUUUGAGAUGUUAUUCUUUUAUAUAAGGCCUUCCUGACAAUCAUCACAGACUUUGUGCCUCUCAGAAUGAGCCAAUCGAUUUAAAGAGUCAAGUCAACCUUACAUCUCUUAAUCAUCCCCAGAAUCAAACAACUGUUUCAAUAUAGAGCUCAGACAGCUUGAAGAUGAUGAUAUCAAUAAUAUAAGUAGGCCUCUUUUGCACUUUGUUUUGUUUUUCAAGCCACAUUUUGCAAAAGUUUGAAAAAAAGUCUUGUGUAGUCAUAACUUAAAGUUGUAGAAGCACUAAUGAAGCCCUUUAAUUUACAUGCACAAUAUGUCUUUAUUAAUUGUUAAAUCCAUAGAUAUAUUAGAAAAACAAGCAGUGAAAGAUGAGGGCUUAACUCUUAACCACUGUUAGAUAAAAAGGGAAAUCAUUUAUAAAAGAAACCAUUUACCUAAGAAUCAAACUAAACCCCGUGAAUGUGGGUUUCUGCACUUUUAAAGUAUGAUUCUUAUAUAAAAGAAGAAUUAUGGAACAUUAUGAUAGCCAUUUUCCUUAGCACUCAGAAAAUGCAUUAUUUGUAUUGUGUGGAAAUUAUAUUGAGUGAACAUAAUAUGGACUAGGUAGAUGAAAUUGAGCAGAAAUGAACACUAUUUCAAUAGAACUUGAACAAGUUUGUUUUCAUUCGGCACUGACAAUCUGUAGAACUUGUGUUUCUUUUUGUGUUUGGUUUGGAUGAUGAAGGAACAGGUUUCACUGCAUGGCCCAAGGAUUUCAAUCAACAGGUCUAACAGCUAAUCACUGAUCAAAUGUGAAUGUCUUGUUUUACACUGGUGAUUACCUGUGUGUAAAGAAGUCAUGCAUCCACAGAUGAGAUGAAACUCACAAGUGCUCCCUGAGGAUUUUGGUUUCUGAGCCUUAUGUCCAUACCAAAGACUAACUUUUAACUAUAACCUGCACUAAGAUCUCGGGUGACAUAUUUAGUUAUGUUUAAUAACAGCCAUAACAAAUAUAUUAUGUUAAACAGUUCUUUAUCAGGACAAUGUUAAGGAUUUCUUUGUUUUCAUUGUUGAUGAUUUUGUAAACCCAACAGGUAAAAAAUGUUUUUUUUUUAUGGAGGCAUCGUUCUGUUUUUCGUUUUUACUAUUUAUUUAAAGUGUGUUGUUUGUACAGAAGAUGUAACCUUGCAAACCAUUCAAUCUUGUGAAUUCACAAUAAUCUGACUUGCACUGUUAUGAUGUUUUGUAGCAUAUGUUUCAUAGCAUAUUACCACGUAUCAUAUACAUUACUAGGUGAAUAAUGAGAAUGAGAACUCCGAUUCAAAACUCUUUCAGAACUGGAUUUUGGUAGAAAACUAUCCCAGAAAAUAUUUGCACACACUUUAAAAUGUGGAAAUGAGACUAUCCAUAAUGAUAUGGUUUAAUAUUAAUGUCAUGAUAUAUUACAAACACAGCAAUAGCAGCAGCAUUUGAUUUGACAGUUGUUUUACACGUUAGAAAACUUUAAUUUCUGUAAAAGCAGAUUAUAUCAUUGUAAUAUAUAAUCUCUCUUUUGAGUAUAAUUUAAUAUUGAACAAUUUAGACAAAUGUUUAUUUAUGUUGUAGUUUCUCUUUACUGUGUCUGUGAAAAAAAACAAAGCAUUUUUUUGGUUCGCACUGAUGUUGGUGUUUAAAGAAGACUUUACCCUUCCUCUUGUUAAAAGUGGUUCAGAGCUGUAGAACUGCCCUCUACUGUUAUGUUGCUGGGGUCAGUGUACAGGGGAUUUUUUUUGCAUUUUGCAUUUUAGCAAGUGCUUUUAUAAGGGGAAGUGCUUGUUCAUACUGGUUUUUCAAGACUUUUUAAAACUAAUAAACAUUUUUAAGUA